AUGUCGUUUGGACGGCCGCCGACCUUCUCGUCGUUCCAGGUCUUGCCACCGGAGCGUGGCUCGUUCCCGCUUGAUCACUACGGCGAGUGCAAAAGCUUUAUGCAAGAGUAUCUUGCCUGCCUGCGUGCGAACAAGAACAACAAUGGCGCAUGUCGCCACCAAAGCAAAGCCUACCUGGCAUGCCGUAUGGACCAUCAACUGAUGGAGCGCGACGACUUUGACAAUUUAGGUUUCUCAGAUAUUGACAAACCUACAUCCGGUGCCCCGCCACCGGACGAUUCACAGCGAAUGCUAUAG